AUGAUUACCAAAGAUGUGCACACCAAACUGGCCCUAGCACUUCUUUCGCUCUGGAUAUUCCUGGCCAAGGCUAUCGUAACUGGACAAUACUCAAGCUAUCUUCCGGAAUCAUCUUAUUCCCCUUCUUCAUCGUCGUUGUCGUCGUCGUCGUCUACGUCGUCGUCGUCCUCAUCUCCCUAUCAUCAUCAGGAGAACCAGAAAAAUUAUUAUGAUAAUCCUGGCGAAUCGAAUUCUGCCAAUGAAUAUUCUUCCAACAACGACGCCUAUCGGAGUCAGCAGUUCCAUUAUGAUGGUGGUGAUGACUUCGAUGAGCAGGACUCGUACAACCAGCCCCAUGGCUAUCAGAAUCAGCUGCCGGCUAACUAUCAACAGGACUAUUUAAGUGAGGAAAUUUACCCGUUAAGGCAGAACCAGGUCCACGAUAGCUACGGACGGCCGUAUGCGAGUCAUCAAUAUGCUGAUUUAGGGCAGGACUCAUACUCGUCAUCACUGGCGUCAUUCGAUAAUAUUGGCUUAAACAGAUCCGAUACAAUGAACUAUCAGGCAGCAGCCGAUGAAGUCAAAUAUCCGCCUAUAGACUCCGAGCCACACCAGCUACAUCACCACCAGCUUCACCACCAUCAUCAGCCUUCGGCGAAGCAGCAACAUCUACGUCCAGCUCAUUACACGCCAACAAACAAUUACAUGUCCUCCCCGACUGCUUCGAGCCGUCUGAAUGCACUUUCGCCAUACACAGCCGACGACGAUGAUGACGAAAAAUUACCUACGACUUCUAAAGAUAACACAGCCUACUCAAACAUUGACGCACUAAUGAUGCUGCUGAACAAGAGCAUUUCAGCUUCAGCCUUGGCUUCAGCUUCAGCAUCAGCUUCAACAUCCAACCCUUACCAAUCAGUAAGGACCCUUCAACAAGCAAGCUCGCCUCAGCAAAAGAACUUCAGGACCUACUUUCAAGGCGAGGAACCACAUCAGCUGGAUCAACAACCGUACAGCAUUGACCAGGAGAGUCAAGUCGACCAGCAUUUCGAUGCUCCAUUCGGCAACAUCACAUCUUCUCUGAGCCAAACAUUCCACGUUGCCGAUGAUAGCGAUCUUGUGUCCUCCAACAGCUACCACCACCAGCAUCAGCCAGCACAGCAACAGCUACAGUUUGACGCUCACACACUAUCGAUGCUCCAGAAGUAUCUUGUCCAACAUCCGCAUGUCGUGUCAUCGCCACAUCUUCUGCCCGCACCCUUCCCGCUUGGCAACCCGAUCCCCAUCAGCAAACAUGUCGAGAUAACGAAACACGUCCCGGUGCCCAUUUACAGGCAAGUCCAUGUCCCGUUCCGAAAGACCGUCCGCAUCGAGAUACCCCGGCCAGUGAUUUCGACCGUUCCACGGCCGUAUCCCAUCAAGAUACCAACCGUCACGAAGACCGUUGCAGUUCCAAUAUUCAGGGAGGUGAAAAUCCCCAUCGAGAAGGUGGUACCGUAUCCGGUGGAGAACAAGGUACCGUACAUCGUACAGAAACGGGUGCCGUUCGAAGUCGAAAAGCAAAUAGCUGUACCGAAAUAUUAUCCUUUUCCGGUUAAAGUACCGAUGGUGAGGACAAUCAUGCACAAAAAGAAGCAGCCGCUCCUACUGCAGCACCACCACCACCCAUCCCUCUUGGAGUACUUCCCAAAGCAACACAUCUAGGGGCUAACGAUGGAAUGACGACGACGUCAACGUUAGUGGAUGUGGAGGAUUGUGCGGGAGCAGGAUAGGUUCGACAGAAGAACCAGAAGAAAAACCAACAGUGAAGCACAAUACAAAAUUGUGUUGUGUUUUUAGCCUUCCUAACCUCCUCAUCUCCCCGUUUUCCAUCUUCAUCUACGUUUACGUCUACGUCUCCGUAUUUGCUUUAAGUCCUGGAUAUGUUCUCUAUAAACUUAGGUAUACACCGGAAAUGAAUGAAUGAAGUUGGUGACAGUUGUCCGUAUCGUCCCGGAUUCGGAUUGACUAAAACCGAAAUGGAAGUUGACUGGCAGCAGCGCAUUGACUAUGACUUCGUAGGAGGGAGGUGUGGCAUGUGGGCGGAAGAAAACUAUACAACAAAGUUUUUUAUUACCCAAUUUAGAGAUGAACGUGUUUACAAAAGAAGUCAUGUUUGUUAGUGCGCCAUUGCCGU